AUGCGACGAUAUGCUAUAGAUAUGGGUGAAAGUUUAAAAGAUAGUUAUGAUACUUAUGCCGAGUUUUUUGAAGAUGAAUCAAGUUUGUUUGAAAGCUUUUGUUUUUAUUUGAUU